CACUACGUUUUACGAAUAUGCAUGGAAAUUUCUAAGUGCCUUAAAAAUGUUAACAUUCGAUUGCGUACUCUCAUAACCAAUAUAAAAAUUGUAGCUUUGACUUUUCUAUAUACUACAACCUAUAUUAUUAUACACCUAAUUACUAAGUAUACGUUCCAGAUCAGAAUAGAUGGCAACUUUCCAUAUUACAUCAGAACGGCUGCAUGGUCCUGCUGGUUUACUACGUGCGAAUUGCAUACAUAACAUAUAUAUGUAUUCGCCGCUUAACGGGAAUAUCUUUAACGAAGGAAAGUUAAUAAAACUGAAUUAAAUGACAAUAGGCUAGAAUCUUCUCCUUGUGAAUAUAUAUAGUCUGCUACCGAUGUUCUGUUCUGGGUACAAAACAACCAUAGAAAGCUUAGCGCCUUUCAAAGUACGAGAAAAAAAAAUGAGUACACCUGGCCGGAGUUCUUGCCGGACCGUUUUGCACGCCGGAGAAGGAAGAGAAGACCGCCGUUCUGCGUCGCCACUAUCUGUUCACACACAUCGCCGCCGUCCUUCCUCACUGUUUUGACGAGAUUAGAGUGCCGGAGCGAGGAUCAUCGCGGCAAAAGUCGAUCCUUGAUCGUCCUUGUUCGCCGACUGUGGAAGAAGAGAACAGUACGUAAACUUAGUUGUACUCUGUGUUAGACCUGGGCUGGCUGAUUGGACUGAUCACCAUAAUAAUAAUAAUAAUAAUAAUAAUAAUAAUAAUAAUAAUAAUAAUAAUAAUAAGCAUCAUGAUAGUGAGGAUGAAGGUAAAUUAUUAAACAGAAUGAUCAAACGAAAAUGAUAAAGUUAAUAUUGGGUUACUUUAAUUUGUCACUUUUACUUAAUUUGCUAUUAUAAUUAGACUUGUCUAUAAUGGAUGAAUGGAUAUAUCAACCGAUGACAAUGAAUAAACUUUAAAUAUAUCAAUCAGGUAUAAAUAAAUCAUCAUAUAAACAAAUUAAUUGUGAUUAAAUUAUGGAAACAUAAAAGUGAGAUCUAUAAGAGGGUGAAUUUAUAAAUAAAGGGUACGGUAGAUGAGUUUUACCAAGUUAAAAGAAUAUUGAUGUUUGAAUUCUAAUAGAAGGUGAUUUGGCCGAUGAGCAAAGUAGAGGAUUUAACUAUGAGUAUUGGAGAUUGAGGUAAGUUUCAUUGCAACCAAAAUUAUACCUUUUACCUCGUAAUUAUUUUGAAUGUUUUAAUGUACAAUUUGAGUAAUGUAUUUAUGUGUAUUGAAUUUGAGUAAAUGUUAUUCUAUAUGAAGUUGUUUGUACUUGAUAUAUUGGUUUGUUAUUAUUGGAUUUUGAUACAAGUUAUUGUAUAUGAUUUUUGGGAGAUUUUCUACUAGUGAAUAUUUUGGGUGUUGUUGUGAGUAAAUUGAAUUUUGAGAAAAAAUAUGGGAAUUUUAGCGUAUUUUGAAAGAUACGAACUUUUGAUUGGAUUUUGAGAAAACACAGAAAAGUUAAUAUUUUUAAUGGUGACACUAAUGUCUAUAAGACAUAAAUAUUGAUUUUUGGAAAGACAAGAUAAAAGAUUGUUUUCAUAAUUGGGGCACCACGGGAGAAAUCCGUAGGUGUCGGGCCACCUUCACGUCCGUUAAUGGUGAGGGAGGGUUAGGACUACUACUACUUGAAUCAAGAGGUGUGAAACAAAUUAAAUGAAUUUUGGAGGGUUCGGUAACCACCCCGAACAACUGGGCAUUAGAUCCCAUUUAUUAAAGCAGUAGUAGUAGUACCUAUUCUCUUAAGGGUCUUUGAACCUAGAACUUAGGGAGUAUAUCCCAUUUUGAGUAGGGAGACGUUGACGUCAGAACUACUUAGACUUCAUACUACUCGGAGGGCUUGGAAUCCCUUUAGGGGGUGUGCACACUUAAGGUAGAAGUCUAGAUUCUAAUAGAGGAGAUGUGGUACCGAGAGCAGAUCGGAGUGACCGUACAAAACAACGGAUCACUGGGCUCAAGAAUCGAGAUAACGCUUGAGCACCGCCCUUCUAAAUGAACUAGGAGAAUUAGCUAUAAAGCUAUUUUGAGGUAAAUCAAAUGUUUUGGUAUUUUAUAAAUUGUGAAUUUCGUAAGUACAAAUACUGGUGAUAUUGGUUUGAAAAACAUAUUUGUGGAUAUUGAUUAUGUGUUUUGUAAGGAUUGUGAUAAAGUGAUUAAGUGAGUUUUGAGAUGGAUAUUUGGAGUUGUGUAUAUGAUAUAUGCUUUGGAAUAUUUAUGAGAGUUUUUAUUACAUUUUCUAAUGUUGGAAUUAUUAUUAUUUUACAUAUGAGGAUUUAUUAUAAAUAUUGUUUUACUUAUGAUUGGUAUGAAUGUUUUGAAAAGAUUUUCCUCCCAAAUCUUUUGCAAAAAUUAUAUAUAUGUAUCAAACGUGAUUAUUUUACGGGGUUGGGUGGGACUUACUUAGCAUUUCCGGCUAAUUUUUGUUUCUUGUUUUUCUUUCUUUUUCUGCACCUUAUUUGUGCAGGAGAUAAAGCUUGAGUAUCUAUUUGCUGACGAUGUUGAUUCGAGAGAGAUUCCGCUAGAACACCUAAUUAGUAAAUCAUUGUAAUUCAAUUUUUCAAUAUCUUUAGUUAGUGAAUAUCUGUUUUUGGAGUUAAGUUGUUUUAGCCUGUGCACUCGGUUAGGGGAGAGCCGAGUGUGGCGGUAACGCCCCUAUUUCCCUUUUGUAUCUAUUUGCUGACGAUGUUGAUUCGAGAGAGAUUCCGCUAGAACACCUAAUUAGUAAAUCAUUGUAAUUCAAUUUUUCAAUAUCUUUAGUUAGUGAAUAUCUGUUUUUGGAGUUAAGUUGUUUUAGCCUGUGCACUCGGUUAGGGGAGAGCCGAGUGUGGCGGUAACGCCCCUAUUUCCCUUUUGGUUUUCGCUGCAUAACUCUGAUGUUUUUCAAAUAAAGUUGAUAUUUCUUUUGAAUAAA